AUGCGACGCGAGAGCGAGAAUUCCUUCGAGACGGCGCAGCGUGAUGCGGGAGCGGCGCUGCGAAUGGGCAUGGGGCGGCAGCAGCGGCGGUCGCUGCUACGGCAGUGGUUCUGUGAUGCUCCCGAUGGGCUCGUUUCGUCCUCCGUUGACCUGCUCAAUCAGGUCAACGCAGUCAACUCUCUCAACGCAGUCAACGCGGUCAACCGAGUUACUCUAGUCAACGAUUCUUUGACUGCUGUGCAGUCAGGGUCCGGAUCGGGCUGUGACCUUGCAACCAGGGCCGAGCAACUGACGACCAUUCAAACAGAGAUGGAUGCGGGGGAGGUGCGAGUGGGGGAGGUGCAAGUGGGGGAGGUGUUGGGGCGGCCAGCGGGGGACAUUCGGCAGCAGUGGCUUUUGCUUAGAAAGGAGAUAGGCAGGGGGCAGUACGGUGUGAUACGGCGAUGCGUGCACCGCAGCACCGGGGAACACGCUGCCUGCAAGAGCAUCAGAAAGGCUGCCAUUCAGAGUGCUGCUGACGUGGAGGCAGUGCGUAAUGAGGUGGCAUUCAUGGAGGAACUCAAGGGCCAUCCGAACAUCAUUCAGAUUAAGCAAGCUGCUGAGACGAACAAACACGUGCACGUGGUGAUGGAGCUCUGUGAGGGGGGAGACCUGUUUGACCACAUUGACUCGCACGGAAGGCUCUCGGAACCUUCUGCAGCGCGCAUCUUCCGAUCGCUCAUGCUGGCCUUGCAGCACUGCCACUCGCACGGCAUCGUGCACCGCGACGUCAAACCCGAAAACGUGCUUAUAUCAAACCCUGCUAAUAAUGAGGAGAACGUCGCAGGAGGAGUGUUCAAAAUGUGCCCUGAGCCGCCUGAAAGCGUCAAACUGAUUGACUUUGGAGUUGCGGCGAGAAUGAUUCCGGGGGUUCCUCUUUCUGAGGAGGUGGGGACGGCAGAGUACAUGGCUCCGGAGGUGUUCUGGGGGGCGUACGGCCGUGAGUGCGACGUGUGGAGCGCUGGUGUCACGCUCUUCAUUAUGCUCUGCGGCCAGACUCCAUAUCUACGCUCUAGACCCAGCACCUCUGGCAGCAUCAGCACCAGCGUAAAGAGCAGCAGGGGCAGCAGCAGUGGGGAGGAGGGAGCAGCAGGUGAAGAGGGUGUGUGGCAGAGGGUAUUGGAGGCCAAGCAGAGGGGGUUCAGCCACAGCCGGAGGUGGCAGGAGCUGUCGUCACCAGCCAAGCAUCUCAUCAUUCGCAUGCUCUCUGCCGACCCGAGGGCUCGAAUCACUGUGGACGAGAUUCUUGAGCACGAAUGGAUUGCGGCCUCGGAGAAGACAUUAAGGGCAUGGUCGGAACCGGCUCAAUAA